AUGGACGACUAUAGGGGCGCGGGUGAUGAUCAUCUCGGAGAAAGUCCGGAGAAGCAGAUCAACUCCUCCACAGAGCCAACUCGAGAUGUUCAUCUGCUGGGAGAAGGUAGCCCCGGUGUUCGCCGCAUCGAAGUUAUUGCAUCAGAAUUUCGCUUCAUCGAUCGGAUUUUCCUGUUCUGCGGUAUUUUUCUCGUUGCAUACGUCUAUGGUCUAGAUGGUACUGUCCGGUAUACCUAUCAACCUUAUGCCACCGCAAGUUAUGGCCUUCACAGCUUACUCGCGACUAUCAACGUUCUUCGAGCUGUCAUUGCCGCCGCUGCUCAGCCUACUGCUGCCAAGAUUGCCGAUGUCUUCGGCAGAGUUGAACUUAUCUUGGUCUCGAUUGUCUUCUAUACGGUCGGCACAAUUAUCGAAACAUUUGCUACGAGUGUGGAGGCUUUUUCUGCAGGGGCUGUCAUCUACCAGGUCGGAUACACAUGCAUCAUGUUUAUUCUUGAAGUCUUGGUUGGUGAUGUGACUUCUAGCCGCUCUCGUCUCUUAUUCUCAUUCAUCCCAGCGCUUCCUUUUAUCAUCAACACUUGGAUCAGCGGUAAUUUGACCGAUGCAGUUCUUAAAGUGACAACCUGGAAAUGGGGAAUCGGCAUGUUCGCGAUUAUCUACCCCGUUUGUUCGCUUCCUUUGAUCGCCGUGCUUUUCAUUGUUCGCCGUCGCGCGAAGCGAUCCGGAAAAUUGGAAUCAUAUAAAAGUUCCCUCGAGCUACUUGGCGGUCAGAAACUGGCUCUAGAGCUAUUCUGGCACCUCGACGUGAUUGGGCUUAUCCUGAUGAUUGCUAUGCUUGCCUGCAUUCUCGUUCCAUUCACCCUUGCAGGAGGAGUUACUGCGCAAUGGAAGACGGCAAAGGUUAUAGCACCACUUGUUAUUGGAGUUCUGCUGGUUCCAGUCUGGAAACUGAAGGACCGUGCUAUUUGGGGUCCUAUUGGUAUUGCGGUUAUGUUGAACACCGCGUGGUAUCUCCAAGGAGAUUUUCUUUACACCGUUCUUUACGUCAGCUUUGAUGAAUCGGUACUUAGCGCCACCAGAAUAACAUCUCUUUACAGCUUCACUUCUGUUAUUGCCGGUGUGAUUCUCGGCUUUAUAGUCAUGAAGCUUCGUCAGCUCAAGCCCUUCAUUGUAUCUGGAACUGUGCUAUUCAUGGUUGCCUUUGGCAUUCUCAUUUACUUUCGCGGUGGCUCCAGUGGCUCCAGUCAUUCAGGAGUCAUCGGAGGACAGGUACUUUUAGGUCUCGCCGGUGGUCUAUUCUCUUACCCAGCCCAGGCAAGCAUUCAAGUUGCUUCCAAGCACGAACAUCUUGCUGUUGUAACUGGCAUUUACCUUGCUUCCUAUAGCAUUGGGAGUGCAAUUGGUAAUACAAUUUCAGGCGCGAUCUGGAAUCAGGUACUGCCAACGGAGUUGAUUCGACAACUUGGGAACGAAACUCUUGCAGCCCAAGUUUAUGGAGCACCAUUUCCAUUUGCAGACGCGAAUCCAGUUGGUACUCCCGAUCGGGAUGCCGUUAUUGUGGCAUACCAAAAGACCCAACGCCUGCUCUGCAUAACGGGUAUUUGUCUAACCGUACCAUUGAUUGCAUUCGCUCUCUGCAUUCGGAAUCCAAAAUUGACUAAAGAGCAAAGCCUGGUCAAGGAUGACGAUCAGUCAAGCCAAGACUCCACAUCUCUGCGCUAA